AUGAAUCCUAAAGAUCUUGAGAAUUUCUUGAGAAAAUUCCCAAGCACAAAGAAAUCAUGGAUUGAACGCGAGAAUGACAGUGAUGAUGACGAUGACUUUGAUGAGUUUAGACGAGUAAUUUUGAUCUUAUUCUAUGCUGCCACUAAUGAAGGAGCUCAUAUCAAGGAGAUCUUCCCAAUGAUUACAAAUUCUGAAAUUGAUGAUUUAAAGGGAUACAACCUAUACUGUAGUCAUUCCAAAACGUCAUUUUAUUUGAGAGCCAAAAACGAGAAAUAUACUCACCCAGCAAAUAAAGUCUGUGCUAGAGCAUUUCAAAAGGGAGAGCCUGUGUAUCGAUGCGAGCAAUGUGGGUUUGACGACACAUGUGUCCUUUGCAUGUAUUGUUUCAACAAAAAGGACCAUGUUGACCAUGAUGUUACGAUGUAUAGAUCUCAAGGUUCCAACGGUGGUAUUUGUGAUUGUGGAGAUCCAGAAGCUUUUGUCAAUGAAUUAAAUUGCCUGUGUCAAACAUCCUCGAUUAUUCUGGAGAAUGAUUCUGAAGGAAUGAGUAAAGAUUUUCAUGAUGCUCUUUAUAACACCAUCAAAGUGGUAUUAGACUAUAUUUUGAACGUUACUAAUUUUUCAACUGAAAUGAUUCCAUAUAUUCAUGACGCUGCAAAGGGUAGUACCGAUAAAACUAAUAACUUGGCAAAUUAUGCAGCUAGCAUUUAUAAGGACGACGAUGCUCCGGACACUAUUGAUACCUGGUUUCUUAUAUUAUGGAACGAUGAAUACCAUGACUGGAAACAAACCGAAAGAGUUAUUAUGGAGGCCCUCCUUGUUAGUCCAGAAGAGGCCAACAAAAUUGCAACCGAAGUAGAUGCAAAGGGCCGUAAAAUUGUCCUUUCUGGGGUCACUUGCACCGAAUUAUUUAAAGCACAGUCUAUUCUCGAAUCUGAAGGAUUGGUUACUACUAUUACCCGUAGCUCUAGAUUUGCUAAGGAAAACUUAAUUCCAUAUUUAAUUUUAUGGCUCAAGAAUAUCACAGAACUGAGUAGUCGUAAUGGAUUCCGCGAGGCAUCCAAAGCUAUUAUUUGUGAUUUACUCUUGCAACCAAAUAUUGAAUUCACCACAACGUUUCCAAUAGAUCAAUUAGGCUACAAUGACAAAAUUAAGAAUAUAUGCUAUGAGAAUGGACUUCUAGUUGAUAAUGAAUUCCCAAAUUGUGGGCUUACACAAGUUAAGCACGAAUUUUUAAAUGGACCAGAAAAGAAGUUUAGACAUUCUGCUGUUGAUGAUAUUCUUGAAACUUCGAUUAGUAAUGAUCCAAAGAAUGUCGCUAAAUCUAGAAUUCAAUUAUUAAUGUUGUUUGAAAUGAGAUUCCCGCAUGACGUAAGAAAAAUGUUGCCAAACUUUCUUUCCACAGUCCUUGUUGCUGAUUCUUCUAAAAAGGCCAUAUUUUGCCAACAAUUGAUUCAAGUCUAUCCUAACUUACUCACGGGAUUGGGACUUGCAGAUCGUGAAGACCACUUGAACUUCUUGAAUGACAUCACAACCCAGAUAUUUACAUGCCCUGCCAGUGUUCAACAAAUCCACCAACCUACCUCCUCGAGACCCAAUGGUGGACUUGGAAAUGUGUUGGGUCCUCUCAUUAGUGUGAUUGAAGAGUUUUCUUCAAAACACAGUGAAAUACUUGGUUUCCGUAACUUUAUCCAAGAAGCUGGUAAUCCGUCAGUGGUAAGACCAAUUAAACGUGCCAUAGUAAGAGGAAUUAGAGAUAUAUCUCAUUUGGUAGACAAAAUUUCUGUUGAUGCUAAUUUGGUAUUUUCAGAGAAUAAUAUGAUAAUGCUCAUGAUCUUUUUAAGAUAUUUCCAAGGUUAUUGGCCAGUGACAAGAAAAUAUGGUGAACAUGUCGAGCACGAAAUAAUGGACUUUGUUAUUCAUGCUGAAUAUUCUAUUCCAAUAUUAACAAUCGUGAAACAUGUUGCCUCAUAUAUUGCUGAGGAUCCAAAGUUAUCUGCACAAACAGCGCAAUUGAUUUUAAAUGAUUCUUUACAAGCAACAAUUCCAAUGAAAUCUCCAGGUGUUGCCGACUUCCGAGUAAGCCGUGACCCGGUAGGUUUUAUCAAUCCAAUCAAUUCACUUUUGUCCUUCUUGGUUCAAUACCAAGGAUUUGACACUUUUGAACAGAAUUUCAGUCAACUAACCAAACCAUUUAUGUACGUUUCUGACUUUUCUUUAAGAAGUCUCGUACUAGCUUCACAAGUGAAGAUUGGUUUCUGGGUUAGAAAUGGUAUUUCUGUAUCAAGACAGACUAGUCUUUAUACUGAUAAUUUGAUGAAUGACUUAACAUACUUUCGUGACUUUCAUAUGCAACAAGUUGCUGCCAUAAUCGACGACCCACGUAAUACACUCUUCAACUUUUUAGAUAGAUGGGAAUUGCUUGAUUGGUUCUCAAAUGAAGUUACUCAUGAUCAAACAAUUUACGAUGAUCGAUUUAACUCAAUUUGUGAAGAGUUCAUUAUUUUUAUUUACAACCUUAUUACGGAUAGAAGUUACUUCCAAACGAUGUCAUCAGAGGAAAGAACAAAUCAAAGAACGAGAACUUCGAUUUGCUACAAAUUGAGUAAUGAACCUAGAGCCUAUUCCAAGCUCAAGGGGGAUGUGGAAACUGAAAUGUCUCACAAUCCAGAUUUUGAUAAAAUAUUACAUGAAUGUGCAGAUUAUCUGCCACCUACCGGGCUUACCGAUUCUGGUAUGUACCGUUUGAAGCCAGAAAUUUUCUUGAAGUUGGACCCCUUGAGUUUAUACUUGGAUAGCAAUGAAUUUCUGUCUGUUUCAGAAUCGCUUAUUACCCAAAUUUCUAAACAGAAAAAAGUAAAGGAACAUGAAGUAGUAUUGUUCCCUAAUAUCACAUUUUCUGAUAACUCCACAGUGAACGAAAAUAUUGGUCGUUUCUCAAAAACUAAGGAGUUUACAAAAUUGGUUUACAAAUUAUUCCAAGUUGCUAUUGAUACAAAUGAUGAAACAUAUGUAUCUCAACUUUUGCAUUUAGUACAUGCUAUAUUGUUAGACGAAGAGGCUAUCGGUGACGUUAACCAUCUUUCGGAACAAUUUGUGAAUAUUCCUGUGUGCAACCUAUUACUCACUUUAGUAGAAUCUACUAUGUCUAAAAAUGUUGUUACAAAAUCCGAGUACUUGUUAUCUCAACUUAUGUCAAAGGAUAAUCGUAUAGUGGAAUCUUUAAUUGACUGUUUUGGACAAGAACACGUUGAUGCAUAUAUUCAAAAGCAAACUGGGGCUUCUGAAUCUGAAGCAGACAAGAAAAAACGCCAAGCUGAAGAACGUAGAAAGAAGGUUAUGAAAAAGUUUGCUAAGCAGAGAGAAAACUUUUUGGCCCAAAAUCAAGAACUAGGUGAGACAAUGCAAGCUGAAAAACAAAAUGAAGUCAGCCUUAGAACAUGUGUUUAUUGCGGUGAAGUGGAAUCAAUUGAAAAUAUGUUUGGAUUAUUUACUACAGGAAUUUCAAACAAACUUUGGAAGCUUCCGCCAGGACAGUCAUACUCAUCCCAUUUGAGAGUUUGCUUUCAGGAUUGGGACGAUCAAAAACUUCGCAGUUCAAACAACGAAUUUGGUAAAGGAUACAUAGACAGCGAGAAUUUCGAGAUAGGACCUUCUCCGAUCUCCGUAAGUCGAACCGUUGCUGUCACUUGUGGUCAUGGGAUGCAUAUAUCUUGUUAUAAACAAUAUUGCAGACAAAUGGAAAUCACCGAUAUUCCUUGUCCACUCUGCCGUGUGAGCCAUAAUGUCUUAGUCCCAAGUCCAAUACCUCCUGAGAAUGGCGGUGGACUUUCUUUGACCGAAAUUGACCGUGCUCCAAUAUAUACAAAGUACAAUUCUAUUACACAAUCGUGUGGAACGAACAACAGCAAAGUUCUUUUCAACAGUCUUACGAGUGCAGAUGUCAAGGAUUACUCGCAAAUGUCCGAAAUGGUUCGUCAAUUCAAGGAAAAUGGUCUUGUGAUGAACAAUAUCGAUCACGCAGAAAACUUUUGUUUUAUUCAGUCCCUUUCCAGCAUCAUCGCAGAAACUAUUAGAAUGCACGAAGUCACCAGCAGAAUUAAAGGUAAUACAGGCUAUUCUGAUUUUCUUGGAUCGAUACCUUCUACUGCAAUUAGUCUUAUUAAAUCCUUGAUGCAAUAUCGUACUGGAAUGAUGGUACCACCUAAUUCAUCUUGGAAUGGCCUUCGUAUUCCUGAUUACUCCAUUAAAUACGCAAAUUUUUGGGAUGGUGAUUUGGUAUUUAGUGGGGUUUUCAGUGAAGUUAUUCUGUUGUUUUUCCAAACCGAGGAAUCUUUUCUUGCGUUGGCAAGAUUAGGAUAUAGUAAACUCUUCGCGAUAACAGUAUACUCUCUUUUGAAGAGGGUAAAGAGUGCUGGAAAUUUCUCCUUUUUACAACAGAAUGGAAAGAGGCAUUUACCCAAGGAUACGAUUAAUUCGUUGAGAGAUUUAUGCUUUACAUAUUGCGAGACUUUUGAAGGGGUUGAAAAUACGGAUUUUAUUGAAGAUUUAUAUUUCGCUAUCGAAAGAUGUAUGCUUCCGUACUUCCGUCAGUUGAUAAUAUUCAAAGACAUACUUACAUCAUCAUCUUUUGGUGACAACUCGUUUCAAUCAAUCCCUUCUCUAGAAAGCCUUGAAGAAGAAUUAUUAAAUUCCGAAUACCCGACUUCAAGCGAUAUACUUUGUCAAAAGUUAUCAUUGCCGCUUUUGAAGGAGUUGAUAUCGGGAUUGGGAAAUCGUGACAUGUCAAAACUAGGCUUGGAAAACUCAGUAUUUAAUAUAAUAAUUAAUGCGAAGAUUCCAAAACACCUUUCGGAUGGAAUUCUCUCCCUCGAUUAUCCAGGUGUGAUUAAACUUAUUGAUAUUCCCAGUGAUUUUAAUGCUUGUCUUACUAGGCCAAAGGUUAGCUUACAUGAUUUCCGUAUUUGCCUUGUGUGUGGAACCAUUUUGAAAAUGGGAAGUUCCCAAAUUCCUCACCAUAUGGGAACUUGUAGCUCCCAAACUGGUAUAUUUUUUCAUCCAAGAUUGAACCUGUUGGAUGUUUACUCGCAUUUAACCAACUUGGGUACAAUAUCUGCAAAUCUUCCAGCUCCUUAUUUAACUGAGCAUGGUGAAGUUAGGACUGGCUCUGUUGGUAAAGCGUCAUUAAACGAAAUGAGAUACCAAUAUAUAAAUAAAUUGUGGUUGAACCAAGGUUUACAUGCAUUUGUAACUCGUGCUGUGUUUAGUGGUAAUGGAAGCCAAAAUUUCAACUUCGAUCGGAUGGAUGAUGAUUUUGAUGGGAAUUCAGAGUCAGAAGAGGAUGAAGAAGAUGACAUGAUGUUCACUGAUGAAAUUGGUUGGUAG